CUAUUGGUCAAAUAAUGCCCCCUGUGGUGAUAGCUGUAUUUCAUUACUGGGUAACACAAAUAUAAUUUGGAUGCAGCAGGCCAGUCAUUGGUGAGUCAAGCUGUCUGCAAAAACGUCAGGAUAAUAUCGGCUUGCAGCUGGAAUGCAAGGUUGAUUCACGAAGAAGAGUUAGGAGGUAGAGGCAACGCUGAAGACACGCCAGUCCGACCGAUACACACUGCACAUACAGCCAUGAAGGGGGAUCAUUUAUUUUCCAACCUGAGAAAAGCCACGUUCUACCAGCGGGUCUACCUACUGGGAGGAGAGGAGCUGCUGGUGCUGCAAAGCACUGUGGGAGUUUCCACGCUGGGUGACAGCUUCCAUCAGAUCACCGACUUCAACGACCUACCCACCUCCCUAUUUGCCUGCAACGUGGACCAGUCCGUGUUUGAGGAGCAGGAUGGCAAGGAGAUGUUUGAGGCUCUGUUCCUGUCCUAUGAUGAGCGGGUGACGUUCCAGCUGUUCAAGAGCUUCCGGCGUGUCCGCAUCAACUUCAGCAACCCCAAAGCAGCAGCAAGCGCCAGGAUAGAGCUACACGAAACCCCCUUCAGGGGCAAGAAGCUCAAACUCUACUUCGCUCAGGUCCAGAACCCAGUAUCAGAUGGUGAUAACCUGCACCUGGCUCCUCCUCAGCCCUCUAAACAGUUUCUCAUCUCCCCUCCCGGCUCACCGCCCAUUGGCUGGCAGCAGAUAGAUGAGGCUACGACCGUCAUCAACUAUGACCUGCUCUAUGCGGUGGCCAAGCUGGGCCCCGGAGAGAAGUUUGAGCUGCAUGCGGGAACAGAGUCCACUCCCAGCGUCGUAGUCCAUGUGUGCGAUAGCGACACAGAGGAGGAGGAAGAGGAACCAAAAAAUUGCCCCAAACCAAAAAUCAUCCAGACCCGGCGCCCUGACCUUCCUGUGUCCAACUGAACUCUGUCCCCCUGCCACUUCCUGCCGUAACAUCCUCGUGUGGAGGAAGGAGAAUUUGACCCCCACCCAUCUCUCUCACAGGAACAUUCCCUAUGUUCAGCCUUCCCGCCUUAAGGCUGUCCGCCUGGGCCAGAGGGGGAGGGAUCUCUGUUCCUCGUCCUCGCCGACAUACAGCCGUUGAUGUGCUACAUGUAUGAUCACAGAGUUAGUUUCCGUCCACUAUCAUUUUCACAUUUCUAGUUGCAGCCACCAUGCCCUCAGUGAUUGGUUCCUCUCUUUAUGAUUCUGUUGAUGUAAUGUCACACAGUUAGCAGUGAUGGGGGCAGCACCUUGCUUUGAGCUCUUAGCGGUUGUGGUGCAUGCCAGUUUAAAGAAGCCCAUAGGUCGCUUUUAUGGACUGUUUGCUGGACGUUAGCUUUGCUCUCGCACCACUGCGUAUGUACCACAAGCACUAAUGAUGAAUAGCACUUCUCUCAUCAGGGCAUGUUAGCCACUGAGGUGGUGAGGGACUGGCGCUGCAUGAAUUGAAGUAACCCUAAGGAAUAUUAUAAAUACUCAGUACUUAAAGUUGUCAGAGGUUGUUCCUCAUGUUGUCAGUGCUGUCUGUCGACCAUGGGAUUUUUUUUAUCUUGCCAAUGCAUGCACUGGUCUGAUACAUUUACAUUACAUUUAAGUCAUUUAGCAGACGCUCUUAUCCAGAGUGACUUACAAAUUAGAUACAGUUUGUGUAUUUACUUUGCUCCGUUUGCUGUAUGUAACUGUCAAUGUGACCUCUAUCUCUUCUCUAUCUUCUCUCCUCCCUGGGUGUUCUGGCUAUUGGUGUUCUUCACAGAAAACAAUGUUUAAACCUGUUACAAGCCAUGCGCCUUCAAGUGAAAACAUUAUGUACAAUGAUAUUUCUGUGAUUUUUCCUCAAUGUGAAUUUUUCUGUGUCCAUGUCUUGUCCCUGACAGUCUGUUUUAAAGAACGAGGGGAAAAAAGUGAACUAAGAAAAAAAAAACAGAAUGACCCUUUCCUCAGAGGGAAAAAAUGGACAGCCAAUCAGAUGUCAUCACGUGAAGACAGUCUAUAAACUGCAUGGUUCCAUUUUUAUAGAGAUAUUGUGUUGUUUGAGAACAGUGGUUCAGGCAUGGGGUUUCCUUGCAGUUUGUGUGCUUCUGUAGAGAGCGAGAAAGAAACAUUUAUUCAGACUCAUAAGGAAUAAGAAAAUGCAUCACAACGAUCUUGUGAGGAUGAAAAAAAAAAACAACGUAUUAUGUUACACAACAUUUUCCAAGUGCUAUUACACAGUUUCUGUGAAAAUGGUCAAGGGGAAUGACACUCACUCACACAAUCAUUUUUGUUUCCCUUUGUGUGUUUUGUUGAGUUUUUCCUGUGUUGGUGCAAUGAGUGUCUUGGUAUGCCUGAAUAACUUAUAGGACUAUAGAACAAGCCCUGUACAAAAUGCAUUUAAAAUGCCCUGUCUGUUUGUGGAGAACUGGCGUUGUGAUCAGUUAGCUAUUGGCCCUUCCUGUUUUAGACACUACACCAACACUGAGAUUCUACAUUUUUUUGACACACUGAUUCCACCCUGGUGCUUUUCUACACUCUAACCACUCAGCCUGUAACCUCACAGUGUCUGUCAUUUCAACCCCGAUCUCUGAUGAUGAUGAUGAUAAAUCCAAUGGUCUGAUUUGAUGACCCAGUUCAGAGUGUGCUGAUUGAUAAUAUGGUUUACUUCACCAAGCUCCAGUAUGUUGCGCUAAAUGCCCUUUUCUUCUACCUGCAAUAUUUCCCCAUCUGCUUAUAAUUGACAUUUAAAGCAUAUCAAAUGUUGUUGGUAAUAAUGUGCCACUAUCCUUUUUGAAAAACACAGACAUCAAAUGAAAUUGAAUACGGUCCCUAUCUAUUUCUAAAAACACCAGGUUUGAAUCCUGUAACAUUUCUUUCUUUCAAAUGGUUGGGGUAACAGUUGUCCUUCAUCCUUGUUUUGUUUUGUUUCGUACAUGCGGUUUUAAGACACUCUUCCAUCACUGCAUUUAUCUGAUGGUUACCAACAACACAAUAACAUGCCCCUGUCCAAAUUAUGUACGACAGCCACCAUUACAAUGAGGUGACUUGUAUACAUGCAAUGACUUUGUUUCUAGAUUUUGGUGUUUUUCGCCUAGACCCCUGGUCUGUUGAAUCUGCUCUAUAAGCUUGUCCUGCAGUCAUAUCCUUAAACAUAAACACAGUAAGAAUUCUGCAUGUUGUCAAUAUGUACCUGUAUGUGAUUCAAAAUGUCCAGAUAUUUGUAUUUUACAGAUUUUUUCUCUCCAUUUAUUUUUGAAAUCGUAUUAUUGUCUGUUUUCUUCUGAGAGUCUGUUGGAUUGGGAAGUAGUAUCAGUGAUGGGGGGAACCAAUAUCUGUAUCGUGUAAAACUUGUGCAACACCUUCAAUGUACUUGUCAUUCUACAUGUACAACCUGCCUGCCUACACUAAGGAUACAUAUCUGUAUAUAUUAAUCAAUACUAUUUUUACUGCAUUUUUGUACAAAUAUUCAUGGUAGCCAUGUAAAAGUAGUUGACAUGAUUCUACGGUAGUAUUAAAAGAGUUUGGUUUUAA